AGGACAUCUUCCGCACGCGCGCGGAGAUGGACUUCUUCGCGCGGCGCCUCGGCCCUUCCGGCGACGCGGGCGCCGCUGGCGGGCCCGCGGGCGGCGGCGCGGCGGGGAGCGACGAGGAGAGACCCUCAACGUCCACGAUCCUUGCCGCCAUACCGACGUCGUGGCGCGCGUGCUCCUGGUGUACGCGCGCCUCAAUCCGGGCGUACAGUACGUGCAGGGGAUGAACGAGCUGUGUGCGCCGCUGUACUACGUCUUCGCACAGGACGACCCCGUGCAGGGCGGCGCGGCCGCCGCGGAGGCGGACGCGUUCUUCUGCCUCAGCCUGCUGAUGUCGGACAUGCGGGACGCCUUUGUGAGGACCCCCCUGCGCCGGAUGGGUGGCAUGAUGGGCCGCAUCGACCAGUUCAGCAGCCUGCUCAGGGCCAAGGACCGGGAGGUCUGGCAGCACCUGGACACGCUGGGCGUGAGCCCGGCCUUCUACUCCGUCCGCUGGCUCACCCUGAUGCUUAGCCAGGAGCUCGAGAUGCCCGAGCUGCUGCGGCUGUGGGACUCGCUGCUCAGCGACGUGGCCCGCCAGGAGGACCAGAGGGCUAGCGGUCCGCUGCUGCACUACACGUGCGUGGCCAUUCGGCGGAUCAAAGAUGGGCCGUGGUGAUCCUGGUGCGCGACGCGCUGUUGGCUGGAGACUUCGCGGUGUGCAUGCGCACGCUGCAGAACUACCCCCCGGUGCCCGUCGAGACGCUGCUGCAGGCGGCCGCGCGCCUGCGCUCCGCGGACCGCGUCCCGGGCGGCUUCUCCAACCGCGACGUCGCCGCGCCGCCGCGCGCCCGCC